AUGAGUUCAGAGCAAUCGUUUGACGCAGCUCUAGAUUUACUUCGUAGAUUGGAUCCCAAUCGUCUGGAAGAGCAUCUGCAGAAUUUGAUUCAAUUGGAACCAAGUUUAGCCGAAGAUCUUUUAUCCUCAGUGGAUACGCCAUUACAAGUAAAAAAGGAUCCUAAAUCUUCUCACAGAGAAUACCUAUGUUGUGAUUACAACCGUGACAUUGAUUCUCAUAGAUCACCAUGGUCCAAUGUGUAUUUCCCAGAAUUGUCAGCUGAAGAUUUGAAAGAGAGUCCCUUUCCAUCAGAAUCUCUUAGAGAGUUAGAAGUUCUUGCCAAUGAUUCUUUUGACAUCUACAGAGAUCUCUAUUACGAAGGUGGUAUCUCUAGUGUCUACUUGUGGGAAUUAGAUGAAGAGAAUCCACAAGACUAUGCCGGUGUUGUUCUUUUCAAAAAAGGUGAUCAAUCUCUAAGUAAUUGGGACAGUAUUCAUGUUGUAGAAGCUACCCAUAGUGGCCAAGAUGUCACCUAUCGUUUGACAUCAACUAUUAUCCUAUACUUGGAUAAAGCCAAACAAAUGACAUUAUCAGGAAAUCUAACCAGACAGACGGAGAAAAAAGCUACAAUUCCUGCCGAAGGCAAUGCAGAACAUAGACAUGUUGCUGAAGUAACCAAUCUGGGUACUUUAGUGGAAGAUGUGGAAAUUCAAAUGAGAACAAUGCUUGAAUCUGUCUAUUUCGAAAAGACAAGAGAUAUUUUUCACGAAACCAAGAAUAGUGUUGUUUCUGUCGAGGGCCAAAAUAAGGAAGCACACCAGGAAAUCAUUAAGGGUAUUCAGGGCAUGUAG